ACAUAAUGUCACUAGAUUGUGCAGUGAUUAGCAGUGUGCUCCUGCUGCUUGCUGCUCUUUUAUCCAGUGAUGGGCUGUUAUGUAACUACUGCCCUCUGCAGGUCAGACACAAGAACUGCUCCAACAUCACAACCACAUGCAGGCCUCAUGAGCGUUGUUUCUCCAGCAGAGGGCGAUACGGAAGGGUCCACAUGCUUUCUGGCCAGGGCUGUGUGGCACAGGAGCUCUGUGGCUUGCAUCAAACACUUAUGUACAUGGGUGUGGGCUACAAUGUGACUUACGCAUGUUGCUGUCAUAACCUCUGCAAUAGUUCCCCUGCAGUGGAUAACUCCCUUAAACUGCUGCUUGGGGUUACUGUUGGUCCUGCUAACAAUAUCACUGACAUUGAUCUUUUAAAUAACUGUCUAGAAAAUUAAUACAUUGUGUGUGUGUGUAUUUUGACAGGAUAGAAGAGU